AUGAUCUUGGAGCCUUGCUCAUGCUGCGCAUGCUCAGCCUGCUUCGUGUUGUCAGGCAAAGAAUAAGCCAGCACUGGAAGCAGAGAUCUGCAACAGAUAAACACACACACGCACACACACAUUCAAACACACAUUUGGAUGAAGCCAGAAAGGGAAAAUCAGUGUCAAACAGCAUGAAAACGGAAGUUACGUCCUCAAUUCAUUUUUCAUUUUUUGUGCCCAGGCAUUGGAUGCUCUCCUUCAGAAGGCGCCUGUAAACCAAGAGAAGAGGGGAGGACGCAUCACUGGUGGAAAAGUCCAUUGAUGCAAAGGGGACUGCAAAGAGCUUGUCCCUCCAUCUUUUUUCCAUCAAGUUCUUCACACAGAAGCUGCAGAGCUUUAGACUCCAUUGAAGCAGUAUAUUCCAUGCCUUCGGGGUGUUUGAUGUGAAAUGGAUGGAAACAGUCCAAACCUGUCAGAGCUUCAUCUCUAAAUGACUGAUCCAAUGGACAUCAAAGGUCAGUGCUGGACAGAUGAGGAAUCAGAUGGAGAGAAUGAGCCUGAGCAGUUCCUCUAUGGAAUUCAGGGGAGCUGUGCGGCUGAUCUGUAUCGCCAUCCCCAACUGGAUGCUGACAUCGAGGCUGUAAAAGACAUUUACACGGAUAGUGCAAUAUCAGUCAGAGAAUAUGGCACAAUUGAUGAUGUGGAUAUCGACCUCCAUAUCAACAUCAGCUUCCUAGAUGAGGAAGUUGCGACAGCAUGGAAGGUCAUUCGAACAGAGCCCAUCAUCCUGCGCCUCCGCUUCUCCCUCUCGCAGUAUUUGGAUGGACCUGAGCCCUCAGUCGACGUAUUUCAACCUUCUAACAAAGAUGGAUUCAGCCUCGGACUUCAACUGAAGAAGAUCCUCAGCACCUUCAUCUCCCAGCAAUGGAAACACCUGAGUAAUGAGUUCCUGAAAGUUCAGCAGGAGAAGAGACACAGCUGGUUUAAGGCUGGAGGGACUAUAAAGAAGUUUCGUGCAGGCCUCAGCAUCUUCUCCCCCAUCCCUAAAUCUCCCAGUUUUCCCCUGAUCCAGGACACGGCGCUGAAGGGGAAACUGAACGUGCCUGAGCUGAGAAUGACUCGUCUUAUGAAUCGAUCCAUCUCCUGUACCAUGAAGAACCCGAAGGGGGAGCUGUUCAGUUAUCCCCCAAAUAGCCAGACUGUGGCAGUCCCGGCGGGCAGGGCCCCGGCGCAGAUUACCACGCGGCAGCUGAUUGAAUUGUUUUUCUCAUCCCAGGCGGGCGGCCACUGCAAGAACAUCCCCACUCUGGAGUACGGUUUCUUAGUGCAGAUAAUGAAGUAUUCUGAGCAGCGCAUCCCGACCCUGAAUGAGUACUGCGUGGUGUGUGAUGAGCAGCACGUCUUUCAGAAUGGCUCUAUGCUCAAGCCUGCAGUAUGCACCAGAGAGCUGUGUGUGUUCUCAUUUUACACUUUGGGAGUGAUGUCAGGUGCAGCCGAAGAGGUGGCUACAGGAGCUGAGGUUGUGGAUCUUCUAGUUGCCAUGUGCAGAGCUGCUUUAGAGUCUCCCAGAAAGAGCAUCAUCUUUGAACCAUAUCCCUCCGUAGUCGACCCCAAUGAUCCCAAAACCCUCGCUUUUAAUCCCAAGAAGAAGAAUUAUGAAAGACUGCAGAAGGCGCUAGACAGUGUUAUGUCCAUACGGGAAAUGACCCAGGGAUCCUAUUUGGAGAUAAAGAAACAAAUGGAUAAACUCGACCCCCUGGCUCAUCCUUUAUUACAGUGGAUAAUAUCCAGUAACAGAUCUCAUAUCGUCAAAUUGCCUCUAAGCAGGCAGCUGAAGUUUAUGCACACGUCCCAUCAGUUCUUGCUCCUGAGCAGCCCACCUGCAAAAGAAGCUCGAUUUCGGACAGCCAAGAAGCUCUACGGUAGCACCUUUGCAUUCCAUGGUUCACAUAUCGAGAACUGGCACUCUGUUCUGAGAAAUGGACUAGUCAACGCCUCCUAUACCAAAUUACAGCUGCAUGGGGCAGCCUAUGGCAAGGGCAUCUAUCUCAGCCCCAUCUCCAGCAUAUCUUUUGGAUAUUCAGGAAUGGGUAAAGGACAACACCGGAUGCCAACCAAAGAUGAACUGGUGCAGCGCUAUAACCGUAUGAACACCAUCCCUCAAAGUCGUCCGAUUCAGUCACGAUUUCUACAGAGUCGGAAUCUAAACUGCAUUGCACUUUGUGAAGUGAUCACAUCCAAAGACCUCCAGAAACACGGAAACAUCUGGGUGUGUCCUGUUUCAGACCACGUGUGCACACGCUUUUUCUUUGUAUAUGAAGAUGGCCAGGUGGGAGAUGCUAACAUCAACACCCAGGAGCCCAAGGUGCAGAAGGAGAUCAUGCGUGUGAUUGGCACUCAGAUCUACUCGGGCUGAGAGGGAACCUCGGGGCUGUCUCCAGGGACUUGGUGCUGCAGAAACACAGCUGUAGCACCUUAGCUUUUGCUCAGAGAGAAGAAGCAGGAGAGCCGAAUCUUUCAAUCCACCCUCUGUCCUCCCUUGUGCUUCUCUUCUGCUUUUGUUCCUUCUUCUUUUCCUGGACUUUCAUGAGAAGGUUUGGAUGUGCGUCCCCUCUCUUCUCCCCGUGUCCCCUUUCGAGGCUGCUGAGUCGUACGGACCCGUCCUUUCCCUCCAUCUGUAGCAGGAAGUGAUAAGAAAGUACGAAGCAAACUUUAUGUGGAAGUAUUUUAUAUGGCACACUAUAAAGACCCAACUUUUGGCACACUGUGCCCAAAGGCAGUUUCACUGCCAACGAAUGCUAAAGCAAGAACAGAACUUCAUGACUUGUGGCAUCUAUAUACCACCUCCUUCCAUCACGACGGACGAGAUGCCUGAUUGGAUGCUUAAAUCUGUCCAUCAACCUGAUGUGAACUCACCAAUCACACCAUGGCCUCCUAUCUUUCGAUCCUCGGACACUCGCUUUCAUUUCCGUCCAGUCCUGAGCUGAAUAACCGUAUCGCUCCAUCACACCUCUUCUACUGUUUAUAGCGUUCUCAUUCACCAAACAGUUAUCAGGCGGAAUCUUUAAAAAAGUAUAUAUUUCAGGUCUCGGGAUCGAGAGCGCCAGAUCUUCUUGCACCCUUAUUGCGUUUUUACAAGAAAAAAAAAAGAAAGAAACAUCCUGCUCUUGAUCUGUUUACUUUCAUAUUCUUUGAGUAAUGGCGUAUUAAUAUCCAAGAUGCGGUUAUCUCCGAGGCUGCUGUUGUUCAGCUACUCCUUCUGGUAAAAUCAAUUUCCUUUUCUUUUGUCUCCGGUGCACAGCAUGGCAGAAACACGAUCAUGAACAUGAACACACACACACAUACACAUGCGCUGGAAAGAUGUUUACUGUUAAUUUAUCAGCGGGAGCACGGGCGCUUCGGUUUGACAAAUUAAAUAACGGAAUUUCAUUAUUGCUCAUAUUCACAGCUAUUCCUCCUAAUCACCGAGUUCUCUAAUUUCAUUAUGUCCUGGGCGGGGAAAGCUCUCUGACAAGGUCAUUUAACAUAAAUCGAAGAAAUCAAAACCUCAUUUAACAUUCCUUUACAGCUACUGGUUAUGGACACAAACCCUGUUUCUUCAUAGUAUACAGUAUAACUGAGAGGCGUCGAAUCCUCCGGCUCGAGUUCUUUUGAAAUAUAUUCCUUCAGCUUGGUGUGAGUUCUGAAAAUGCUCUUCAAGCGUGAACCACGUGUUUCUCCACAUACAAGCUCGGAGUCUGUUAUCACUCAAACAAACCCGUGUAACGUGAGAACGAACACUACGGACUUGACGAAUGUUUGCCGCCGUUUGAGGCAUUUGAAUGAAUGCAAGCAGUUUGUAAAUAAAAUCUCUGUGUUAACUGCAAACGAACAAACAGGAUAGCCGUCUUUCGUCUCCUUUACAGGCUCCUGGGUGCAUUUAUGUCUGUCCAGUUCUGCUUUAUUAUUGCUUUUAUUGUGUGCCGGUGCUCCAGCAUAAAAAAAAAAAAAAAGGAAAGAAAAAAAAGCAUUCGAAAGCAGUAACCUAAUGAAAAAAUUAAGUUGCUAUGUGCACAAUUGUAGAUAAUUCUUUUUUUUUUGUAUUCAAAGAAAAAUGUAAGACUGAAUAGAGUCUUGUUGGGUUUUUUUUAUUGAAUAUUACUUCGAAUUCCCGUGUCCCAUAAUUCCCAGUGUUCCUGAGUUUUAAAAAUUUUAGAUUUUAUUUUUAAAUGACAUGGCAUAUUGAAAUUUGUAGGCAUUUUCUUCUCAGAAAGAAUAUUGAAAAGGUUCUAGGGUUUAUGUUUUUUUAGGCUCAGGUGGUCCUGAUGAAAUUACCAGAAGUAAUUUGUUGCUAGUCCUGAGAUGCAAACACCAGACAUUACAGUCUAACAAAAGUUGGCGUUCCCUUUGUGUGUUCCUGUAGAGGGCGACCUUCAAUACAACAAUACAACAUUAGAAAUACACCUGUGUGGAAAAUGAGGCCUGUUUUGUCGAUCAAUGCUUUUUAACUGUUGCGCCUGCAAUUUUAUAAGACAUACGAUCACCUCAGACUCUUUUUAGAGUGUGGUCUCUCACACUCCUGCAGUUAUGUGUUGAUCCAUUGACUGUCAAUAAGAUAAAGCCUGGAUUUAGUUUUAAAUCAUUUAUAUUCUAGCACGUUUACAAAAACAAUAUAUGGACAAAAUGUUUGUGGCACCUGAGCAGAUUUUAAUGUGCUUUUUAAUCAUCCUAUUUCAAAUGUAGUCUCCCUUUGCUCUUAUAAUAACCUUCACCCUCUGGGAAGAUGUUCCACUUGAUGUUGGAGUGUGAUUGUGGAGAUUUGCUCUAAUUCUGGUACUGAUGUAGGUGAGGUGAGGAGGCCUGGGGUGCAGUCAGCGUCCAAAUUCAUCUCGGAAUUUUCAACAGGGUUGAGGUCAGAGCUCUAUUGUUGACCACUGAAGAUCUUCCACUGCAAUGCUUCUAAUGCAUGUAUUCAUGAAGCUUGCUGUAUCAGGUUUGGGUCUCCUAGUUCAUGUAAGGUAAAAAAAGAGACGUCUUAUACAAUUGUGUGCCUCAAACUGUGUGCUAGCAGUUCCACAUAUAGCUGGAAAAGUCAAUACUUUUGUCUAAGCAUCUUAAGAAUGUUAUCUUGAACCUAUCCAAAGAAGAAGGAAGAGGUGGUCUUUAGUGGAAUUCAAUGUCCUUCGUCACCCUUGUACAGCUUAUCUAGAUGUUCUUUAAGUUCCUGGUUUAUUGAUUACUGAGAUCGGAACAUGGAGGCUUGACCUUUUAUGAAUAUCCUCCAAAACCGCUUACUUUUUUCAUUCAUUGGGAACAUACUGAAAGAUCUCCUUUUGUCACGCAGUUCCUUUAGGGGGAGCUCUGGCGCUGUUCAAAUGCAUCCUUUUUUUUUCGUGUAUGUGCAUAGUAUGUGAGGUUACACACACACACACACACACACACACACACACAGAGUGGCUGCUUGUUUUGUUAGAUAAAAGUGGGCUGACGUGAGGCUGCCAGGUCAGAACACGUGGCCUGCCCUCUCUAUGGUGAUGCUCCCUUUCUUGUGCUUCCUUUUGCUUUUCCUUUAUUUGCCUCCACAAACAGUUACUUUUGUUUUUGGCACAAAAGAAGCAAUUCAAUCGAGUUUUUUUUUUUUUUUUUUUUUGUAAUAACAGCUUUUGGAAAGCUGCCUUUUUGCAGCAGAAGGUCAGAUGUAUAACGAAACACCACGGGUCUGGUUUUUCGCUUCCUCUAUCAAUAAUCAACCAUGAUUGUGUUUUGUUUAAAGAUCCCUCUGUGAAGAGAAAAUAAUGACAGACAAAAACUAUAUCCUCAGCUUUAUUUCAGUUAUGGAUAUAAUUUAUGUUUAUGUCAUAUAUUUACUAAGAAGUGUCUAGUUGCUAUUAGGUGUGAAGUGGAGAUUUAUGCUACUCACCGGAAUUAAAGAAAACAAGCCAUGAUACAAUGUUUUCAAAACCGAUACUGAAAAGUCAAGUCAAGUCAAGUCCAGUUUCUUUCUAUAGCGCUUUUUACAACAGACAUUGUCUCAAAGCAGCUUUACGGAAAUCAACAGUUAAGGUGAAUGGUGUGU